ACGCGCACACUUGUGUUUUAGUGUGAGAGCCGCUCGCAAUUUUCACAAGUUUGAGUCGGAGAGCAACGCACACCAACAGCAAUCAGUUUGAGUUGAGACGUUGUCGUGGGCACGUCGCUUAAACAGAGCAAUACGCACAACAGCAACCAACAACCAACAGUAGAAAAUAAAAAAAGACGUAAAAGUGACCAAAGACUACAAGAAAAAUAAAAAAGUGUCAAGUGCUCAAAACUAAAACAAGUGCUUACUACAUUUAAACUAAAUUUUAAAAUUAAUAACAAUACAAAAGGAAUAUGUCUACUACAUCAGCAUCGCCCAUCAGCAACAUAACUGUGGAUGACGAGCUUAACAUAAGCAGAGAACAAGAUUUUGUUGAAGACGACUAUAUAGUUAUUAAGGAGGAGCGCGAGAGCAGCUUGUCGCCAAUGUUGACGCCACCGCACACGCCCACCGAGGAGCCGCUGCGACUGCGAGCAGCGGCAGUUACCAACACAGAUGCAACACAGCUGCAGCAGCUGCGACACAUGGCGCACUACCAACAGCAGCAGCAGCAGCAACAGCAAGUUGCACCACAGCAACAGCAACAGCAACAUCAUCAUCAACGGAUAUGGCAGGCACAUGGACAUUAUCCAGUUUAUGCUGCUGCUGCAGCAGGCGCUGAUCCUGUUGCAGUGCAUCAGCAGGCGCUGCUAAUGAAUCAAUGGAUACGCAAUGCGGCGCUGUAUCAGCAACAGCAGCAGCAACAAGCAGCAGCAGCAGCAGCUGCAGCUCAUGCGCAUCAUCAACAUCAGCAGCAGCAGCAUCAUCAUCAUCAUCCGCAGCAUCAUCAUGCGCAUGCUCAUGCGCAUCAUGUGCGUCCCUAUCCCGCUGCACUGCAUCAGCUGCGUCAGUUUGGUGUUAUGCCGGGUCUUAAGCUUGCGGCCAGCGCUGCAGCAGCAGCUGGCGCUGGCGCUAGCAGCGGCAGCAGUCGCCCCAAGAAGCAAUUCAUAUGCAAAUAUUGCAAUCGACAGUUUACCAAAUCCUACAAUUUGCUAAUACACGAGCGCACGCACACAGAUGAGCGUCCCUACUCCUGCGACAUAUGCGGCAAGGCGUUCCGGCGUCAGGAUCAUUUGCGCGAUCAUCGCUAUAUACACUCCAAGGAGAAGCCCUUCAAGUGCAAUGACUGCGGCAAGGGCUUCUGCCAAUCGCGCACGCUGGCCGUGCACAAGGUCACGCAUUUGGAGGAAGGACCACACAAGUGUCCCAUAUGCCAGCGCAGCUUCAAUCAGCGCGCCAAUCUCAAGUCGCAUCUGCAAAGUCAUAGCGAGGCGCAGGCGCAAUCCCAGCCAGCAGCUCAAGUUGUUGCCACGCCGCUGCCAGCAGCGCAGCCAGCACUCGAUUUAUCCUCCAGCUCUGUAGCCGUGGGCGUGGCACGCCCUAAGCGCAUGCUUGGCUUUAGCAUAGAUGAAAUUAUGAGCAGAUAGUUUGGCAAGCAGCAGCAGCAGCGAAAUCGCGCGCUCUCGCUCUUUCAAACUUUUGCAACCGCCAGGCAUGGGAACUGCCUUGGCUUGGAGUUUGCCACUUCGCCAGCGGCUCAGCUCGUCAGCGUCCCAGUGAAGUCGCCGCCGCUGCGCGCAGUUGCAACGUUUUGUAGCAAACGACUGUCUAUAUCUUUAUAUAGAUGCCGAUUUGCUUCAACACACACACACACAUACAAACAUUUGUAAUGCCAAAGCACGCACACACGCACACAAAUUAGCUAAUUAAUUUUAAUAUUUAAUUAGUGCAAAACAUGUAUUGCCUCCAAUUCCAAAAUCUUUU